AUGGUCAUACUGCCUGGAGGCAGCUUGCAGUGUCUCCAGACAGAAAAGGAAAUGACAACAGCUUUUGACGAGAAUAGAAGGACAAAUAAAGAUCUUAUUGAGAAGCAGGAAAUUCCGAUUUGCACACUGGUUUGGCCCAGCAUUGCCGGAGAAAUCUCCUGGGAUGUGUCAUUUGUUACUUUGAACUUCUUGGUACCAGGACUGCUUAUUGUGAUCAGUUACUCCAAAAUUUUACAGAUCACGAAGGCGUCAAGGAGAAGGCUCACGACGACCCUGGCUUCCUCGGAGAGCCACCAGCUCUGUGUGUCCCAGCAGGACGUCCGGCUCUUCCGCACCCUGUUCCUGCUCAUGAUCUCCUUCUUCGUCAUGUGGAGCCCCAUCAUCGUCACCAUCCUCCUCAUUCUGAUCCAGAACUUCGAGCAAAACCUGGUCAUCUGGCCGUCCCUCUUCUUCUGGGUGGUGGCCUUCACCUUUGCCAACUCGGCCGUCAACCCCAUUCUCUACAACAUGUCACUGUUUAGGAAUGAAUGGAGGAAAUUUUUUCACUGCUUCUUCUUCUCAGAAAAGGGAGCCAUGUUUACAGACACAUCUGUCAGAAGAAAUGAUCUGUCUGUUAUUUCCAGCUAGUUAGUUUUUCUCUGUAGGCGUCUAUUUGUCACUCUCUGGCAAGCCAUGGUGUGUUUUCAAAGGGAGUUCAUUUCCAGGACGGUCGCACCAGGGUACCUGCUUUAAGAAAAUGUAACCUAUGCAAAUGUACAUUUACAGCACCAGUACAUUGAGGGGUGAUCAUUCAGUAUAACAAUUCUAUCCUUUAUAAAAGUAUUUGCUGUGGGUUCCUUUUCAGUAUGAACUUUUUCAGUGUGUAGUAUGAUUAAGUUUAAUAAUUUUUAUUUGUAACUGUUCAGCAGUCUCAUC